GUUUGUGAGCCUGUGUGUGUGUGUGCGUGUGCGUGUGCGUGUGCGGGCGGGUGCGCGCGGCGCGGCGGGGCCGGGAGCGCGUCCCCGGCGCUGUGCCGGGGGGUGCGGGCUGAGCUCAUCGCUGGCUCCCCGGCGCUCCUUACCAGUGGCUUCUGCGGUCACAUGGGUUAUGUGCUGGAGUUUAAAAGAGCUUAUAGCCCCCGAGCCGGUGCAGAAGCAGCCGGUGGUUGCAUGGGGUAGCGCCGGGAGCGGCGGCAAGCAAGGCGCCGAAGCCAUCUCAGCACCUUUCCCCUGUGAAGACCCGGGAGUGCAGAAGCGUCCUUCUGCGGGGACCUUCCCACCGCCACGGCCAGCUCUAGCCUUCGCUCUCCGCUGCUCCCCUGCAAGCGUGAAGCCUCCAUCCUCUCCGGCUAUCGUGGCAGCCCUUCUGCUUUCCUGAGUAGUUUCAGGCAAGGCUUGCUUUGCCUAUGCCCUCAUCUUUGGACACAGAUCUCCUUUCUCCGAAACCUAACCCAGUGCUUGAAAAUCCCAGAUCCGAGCAGCGAGGGUUGGACAAGCAGCCCAGAAGAACUACCCAGACGUUUAUGAGAAGUUGGGGACACCCCAAGGACUCUGGACUGGUGGAGAGCAGCUUCCCGCUGGGAAACAGCCCUGGGCUCUGCUUGUCCUGUCUUUGGGAGGGGAAGAGGCUUCCUGCGGGCGGGCGGUGUGGAUCUCAGCCGCGGGGCGAGAUGGCUAACCCUGUCCCGUCAGCCUGCUGCGUGGUGCUCGCCGCGGUGGUGGUGGUGUAUGCCCAGAGGCACAGCCAGCAGGACAGCCACACCCAGUACGAGCGGGUAGGUGCAGACGUGACCAUGAAGUGUGGCUCCAUGGACUGGGACGCAGCCGUGACCUGGACAGCCAACGGCACCGACAUCGACGAGUCCCACCUGAAUGGCUCCUACCUGAUCCUCAAGAAUGUUGACCUGUCACAGAGUGGCCAGUACUCCUGCUACGAGGGCUCCUCCUGGCACCUCAAAUACCAGACCACCCUGAGGGUGGGAACCCCCCCAAAGGAGCCAGUGCUGAUGUGCCGGUCCAACAACUACCCAAAGGGUUUCUACUGCAGCUGGCACCUGCCCACUCCUACCUACAUCCCCAACACCUUCAACAUCUCUGUCAUACACGGCACAAAAGACAUGGUGUGUGAGAAGGAUGCCGUUCCCAAAAACAGGUGUCACAUCAGAUACAUCCAGCUCUUCUCGACAGUGAAGUACAAGGUGACUCUGACAGUCACGAAUGCUCUGGGCAAAAACUUCACCACUCUCACCUUUGACGAGUUCGCCAUAGUAAAGCCAGACCCUCCGGAGAGUGUGGUGGCCAAACCUGUGCCCAAUAACCCUCGAAGACUGGAGGUGUCAUGGCAAAACCCCUCAUCGUGGCCUGACCCUGACUCUUUCCCGCUGAAGUUCUUCCUGCGGUAUCGGCCUCUCAUCCUGGACCAGUGGCAACAUGUCGAGCUGUCGGAUGGGACAUCGCACACCAUCACGGACGCCUACGCUGGCAAGGAAUACAUCAUCCAGGUGGCAGCCAAAGACAACGACAUCGGCACGUGGAGCGACUGGAGCGUGGCUGUUCAUGCCACCCCCUGGACAGAGGAGCCCAAGCAUCUCACCACGGAGGCCCAGAUCACAGAGACAACAAGCGCGAGCACCUCCUCUUUCAUGGCACCACCCACAACCAAGAUCUGUGACAAGGGGGCCGUGGUGGGCAGCGGGGCCAUGGCAGUGUGUUGGACAGCUGGACUGGUCAUGGCUGCCUAUAGUGCCCUCUUUAUUUAAUCUCCAUCUGCCCACCCACCGCAGCCCAGCGCAGCCGCCUCCCCACCGCCCACCGCCCACCGCCCCCGCCGCCCCUCUCCCGGGCUGAGUCUCUUAGCUCUUCGAUUUUGCACACACCGAGGACGUGCCGCGCCUCUCGCCGCCGCUUCGGAGGAGGACAGAGCUGCUGCCGUCCCCUGCGGGAGCCGCAACACCCUCUCCCGGCCCGGAGCGAGGAGACCCCUGCCCGUGCCCCUUUCCCCGGCCGAGAGGAGCGAGCCCGGCCCCGCCGCAGCCGGGGGUCCCGCUCAUGCAGCUAAACCCCCCCACGCCAAAGACGUGCCCGCCGCCCCCGCGGCCGCGCACCGAGAAAAGGGGAUAUGAAACCGGGGGGGUGGUGAGGGGAAUGAUGCUCCAAGCUGUGUGUACCCCCUUACGGCAAAAAGGGGGUCCCCCGAGGACUGGACUCGCUCCCCUGAGCUCUCGACCACGCGGCGAAGCUGGAGGGGGUGCACGGAUCGGGGCGGGGGGGUCCCCUCCGAGGGGGCGGUGGAGGGGGGAACUGGUGGCUUUUGCAAGUGCGAUGGGGAGCAGGGAGCUGGCGGGGUUUUAAUGGAAUUAAAAAAAAAAAAAAAAAAAGGCAGUGAAACACCGAUAAAACCCCCCUGCCCCUUGCCGAGCACCUGGGACAGCUGUCCCUCCGCCUCCCCCUCCUCAGCACCCUGCAGGAGCCUUCGCCACCCCCAACCCCGACCCAACAUCGCCCCCAAACUUUUAACCAUGUUGGAUACAGGGAAUCACCCCCAUUGAUGUCUUUGUAUCAUUCUCCAACAAAAGCAGAAUAGCUCUGCUGUUGCCUUCAGAGCUGGAGCCCUGCAGACCUGUGCCCCGCUGUGCCCCGCUGUCCCUGGCUGUCCCCAGCUGUCCCCAUGCCUGCUCUGCUCUCCUCCCCAUCCUGCCCAACGUCCUGUUUUGUAAAGACACCUUCUCUUGGCCCUGCCUGGACCCAAGCGCAGUAUUUAAUACCAUACGUCCUAGUAUUCCCACUGUUGACAUGCUGUAUUUGAAUUUUUUAUAGAUGUAUAUAUAUAAAAAAAAAGAAAAAUAAUCAAAAAAAAGUAAUAGAGGGGAUAAAACUAAGCUCACAGAGACAACGCACACACGCACACACACACACAUACACACACACAUACACCAGGAGAGACUGUCUUCAUUAAAUGUUCAUUUCAUGAUGA